GUGUGCAUCGGGCUGUCGGCGGUCAGUGGUUGGUGGGCUGUGGCAGUGAGAGGAAGUGUGUUGGUGGUGUGGGGUAAUUUUUUUUAUUAUUGAAACGCACCAGGUUGUUUGUGUGUUGGAAGGUAGGCUGAAGGUGCAAGUGUUGUGGUGCGUGAGGAGUCCCGGGUUUUGGACACAAGUUGGUGUCUUUUUGUUAUCUCGGGGGACGCAACACAAGAAUAAGCCGCCAAAAUGAUGAAAUAUUUGGCAGCCGCGAAAGUGCUAAAGAAACAUAAGGCUCAGGUGGAUAAUGCAGUGUUUCACCUUCACUAUCGGGUGACUUUUGUAAUAUUCAUUAUAUCCGGAGCUCUUGUGACAGCAAAGGAAUUCAUCGGGGCGCCAAUAGAAUGCAUGUCCAAAGCGAUCCCCGGCAAGAUCCUCAACACCUUCUGCUUCAUCAUGUCCACCUUCAGCGUACCCAAGCACUGGGACAAGCCGCUGGGCGACGGCGUGCCUCACCCUGGCGUGGGCUUUGUGGAGCCUGAAGACGAAAUAGUGUACCACGCUUACUACCAGUGGGUUCUCGUCCUGGUGCUGCAGGCCAUCAUGUUCUAUGUACCGCGGUACCUCUGGAAGAACAUGGAAGGUGGGCUGUUCGUCACCAUCUUGGCUGGCCUUGACAAGAUGACAAUGGACGAGAGCAGCAGGCACAAAAGGCACAAAGUGCUCGCCCAGUACAUGAUCAAACACCUGCACAUGCAUAUGAACUGGGCCAUAAGGUUCUUCCUUUGCGAGGUGCUGUGUCUGGUGGUGGUGGUGGGCAACAUCUACUUCACUGACCUGUUCCUGGGCGGCACUUUCCUCACCUACGGCACGGAGGUCAUCAACUUCCCUGACAUGGACCCCGAGAAGCGCAUCGAUCCCAUGACACGCAUCUUCCCCAGAGUCACCAAGUGCACCUUCAGGAAGUUCGGGCCUUCGGGAACCAUCGAGACCCACGACACCAUGUGUGUGCUGGCGGUUAACAUCAUCAACGAGAAGAUCUACAUUUUCAUCUGGUUCUGGCUGGUCUCUCUCACCACCAUCACCGCUGUCUGGCUCGUGUAUCGCCUCCUCGUCAUCGUCUCCUCCGAUGUGCGCUUCAAGCUUCUGCAGGCUCGUGGGCGCUGGGCUGGCCGCCAGAACCUUGAUCUCAUUGCUAAGAAGUGCAAUCUCGGAGAUUGGUUCCUGAUCUACCAUCUUGGACGCAACAUGGAGCCAAUGGUCUAUGGGGAGUUCCUCAAGGAGUUUGCCAAGGAGCUGGAGAAUUCAGUUUCAACCCUGGAACGUAAACCAAUGUUGGUAGGAAGCUAAUUAAGGAAGAGAUUUGAGGUGAAGAAUUAGUUUAGAAUAAAUGUGACUGUGAGGGCAAAAGGGAUUCUUAGUUUACUCAAAUCACUUAGAUACUGACAAAAUUGUUUAUCUUCUUUCUUGUCUCUGUCAUGACGUAAGCAUUUAUUUUCACUAGAAGGAUAAUUUAUUUAGUUGUUUACUUUGUGUAAGAAAGUAACAGCUCAGUAUGAGUGAAUAAUAAGAAUUAUUUAUAUAUACUGGGUGCCAGUCAACAGUGAACAGGAAAUCCAUCUGAUCUUAUUCUAUUCUAAUCCUGGAUCAAGAUCCAAGAAAACAAAACUUAAUGCUUUGUUGGUUACUAAAUUUUCUCUUCUAAGUAGAGUGGCCAUGGUAGAAAAGUAACCUUUCAUAUAUUAUUUUCAUAUAUUAAUAGCAAUAUUCUUUCUUAUUAGUAUUUUACUAUUUUCAAAGAGCUACCCUAUCAACUUCUGAAUAUGCCAAACACUGAACAGAUACAAUUGUGACUCCUUCAGGCAAGACAACUGACAGAAAAAAAAAUUAUUGCAAAGAAGUUUUGGUAAUGGAGAUGAGAUAAAUUUGUUGCGAAGCACCCAAUAUGGAUAGAACAUUGUAUAGAUCUGGAAAAGAAUUCUUUUGUUUAUCUCCUUGCUUCUGAGUGCCACCCUUAUAAUGAACUCUUAAUUAGGGAUAUUAUAUGGAUUUUACUGAGUUCAGUAUAGUUCAAUUUAUCAAUGCAAUGUAUUAUUUUUUAGUCAGUAACUUGCCACAAAUCCCAUCAAUAAUUGUCUUGAAUUAGAUUUUUAUGAUGUUUACCCUGAAAAAUAUCAUGUUCACAAUAAAAUAAUUUAAUAACAGUUCAUUAUUAUCUCAAAUUUGUUACAACUUUUAGAUGUUGCUAGAUACUCAAACUAUUGCUUUCUAAAAUAUGCAUUUAAUAUAAUUUAUCAUAAAAGAGGCAGGAUGAGUGGACUGUCAAGUAGUGCUUAGCAGUUUUGUAGAUGUGGAUAAAUAAUAAUAAGGAGUUUGAAGCUCUCUAUAUGGUCAUAUUCCACUAAUGAAGAUGACCAGCAGAACUGUGCCAUGGUGGUUAAAAGUUAAUUGCUCUGAGGGAGCUGGACUGUGCCUGUAUCAAUGUCACACUCAUACACUGGUGGUUGAAUUGAUACGAGUUGUAUUUCAAAGUUGGUGAUGGUGUUCAAAAAUUGCUCAUUUUUGUAAAGUAUUAAUGCAUAAUAUAAUAUGCAGCAAAUGAAUAAGUCUGUCAAUCUUUUGAUUUUGAAAUGGACUUUGAGAUGAUCAUUCAGUCUCUGUCUUUAAAUCAAGACAUUCAUGAGAAUAUAAUAAUGACAUGCAUAACACUGUUAGACAAGCAGUUGAGCUGCUUUCCACAAUCUAGUAGUAGCUUUUUAGGUGAAGUUUUUAUCCAGCUAUACACCUCUGUUGCCCCUCGUAGAAAUAGCUCAAAUAAUGUAUUAUAAUUUUGAACAAGGUAAUUUUGGGUAAUGUUGAGGUUAUAACUAUUAAACCACCAAGAGGCCUGAUAACCUAAUCAUAAUUCAAGAUCUCUAAUUUCAAAUUUCUGCCAUGCAAAUAUAUCUUAGCUCAUAAUAAUCCUUGGUCUUCUUCCAUUUGCUUGCUUUAUUACAAAUUUAAUUGCUCAAAAGAUGCCUUUUGAACCUCUGAUAGCUGUAGAUCAUUCUUGACAUUCUACAUAAUGACCUUGCAAAAUAAAAUAGUUUCAGACUCCAUUUGUGAUGAUGCUUUUAUCCACAUCUUGAUGUUUUAUACAUCCCAUCCCCACUUAAUUCAUGACUGGUAUUUUUAAGAAAUUAAAGCAUAAUACAUCAUCACAGCUACAUUAGAACUAUGGCAACUGAGAUAAAACAACUAGUUAUUAUAACACUACAACUUUGCAAAAAAGAAACUUUGCCUGUGAUCAUUUCAUACAAAAAGGCCAAGUAUUUAUUGCCUUGUAUCCAAUCAUUAUUCACAUACUUUGUGGUGUGUGUCUUCAUAAUUAAUGUUAAGUUAAAUUACUGCUGUUUGCAUAUUGUCCUUUUUAUACAUUUGCAGUAUUUAGCUAUUAUACUUUUAAGACUAUAUGUAAUGGGCAAUAAUGAAUGUAGUAAAAUCUCAGUCACUCUCAACACUCAUUUCCCAGGGUAGAGCAGCUAUAUGAGCUAUAUAAAAUCUUUUCCUUUCCAUGAACACAAAGUUAUGAAUAGGUUCAUGGAAAUGCCAAGAUUUUGUUCACAACUAGUAGUGCCUAGUUGUUUGUGUAGAGGAUGGAUGCUAUAAUUUAUCAUACAUUGCAAGCUUUCUCUAUCCUCAAUGAAGUUGAAUGUUGUCUUUGUGCUAUUUCAAAAUAGAAAACUGUAUGAAAGUUAGUCGUGUCAUUAUUGUCUGUCUUUAUACAUGUUUUUGAAUGUUGACACUGCCAUAUUGGAAGUGCUUUAUUGUGGCCUUGGUUGACAAUGUCCAAGUAGUAAACAUCUAAAUGCCAUGAUAGGAUCUAUAUUUCUAUAAACUACCCCAAAUGGUAUUGUGUGUAUAAUGUAAGAAUCUGUAUUUUGUGAAAUAAAUGAAAUUUGAAAAGAGA